CGCAAAACCUGACAGCGAAGCCUGUGCUCCUGGGGACCCUGGGCCUGAAAUUCGCAGAGGUCCGGGGGCAUAUUUCAAGGCCCCCACACUGACUCCAUGCUGGGCGUUCCCUGCUUUCUGUGGCUCCUGGCUGUCGCCUUCUCCUUGGUUCCCAGAGCGCAGCACUUGGCCCCUCAAGACUCAGAAGAAGAGGGAGAUGAGAUAAUGUGGUCACCUUUGCCUGCUGUCCUCUGUGACUAUGACCGCUGCCGCCACCUACAGGUCCCGUGCGAAGAGCUGCAGAGGGCGGGCCCGAGGGCCUGCCUGUGCCCGGGGCUCUCCAGCCCUGCGCAGCCGCCCGCCCCACCACGCCUGGGAGAAGUGCACGUGGUGGCAGAGGACGGCAGCGCGGUGGUGCACUGGUGUGCCCCCUCCUCCCCGGUCCACCAGUACUGGCUGCUGCUUUGGGAAGGCAGCGGGCCUCCCCAGAAGGGCCCGCCCCUCAACUCUACCUUCCGCCGAGCAGAACUGAAGGGGCUGAAGCCCGGGGGCGCUUAUGUGGUUUGCGUGGUGGCCGCUAACGCGGCGGGUGUAAGCAGCGUGCCCGAGGAGGGUGGCGAGGGCCCCGAGGGUGCGGGCCUCCCCGCCUUCGGGCCGUGCGGCCCCGUGGCCGUGCCCCUCCGCCCCCGCAGCCUGGUCCACGCGGCCGUGGGCGUGGGAGCAGCGCUGGCCCUGCUGAGCUGCGGCGCCCUGGUCUGGCACUUCUGCCUGCGCCAGCGCUGCGGCUGUCCUCGCCGCGCCCGCCCGGUCACCCCGCCCGCUGCGGGGCUCUGAAGCAGCCGGCGUGCAGCUGGGUGCGCAGAGCCCGCACCCAGGAGCUCGGCCGGAGCUCCGGGAGGAGGUGCGGGCCGCUGCCGCCCCGUGCCCCCCGCGAGAGUUCUUGCGGGUCCCAGACUGUCACCUGUGCUCCUGGCUGAAGUUGGGAAGGAGUAGAAAAACAGGGUCGGCAAAGUUUUUCUCCAAGGACAAGAUAAUGAACAAUUUCGGUUUUGCGGUUCCAGAGGAUAAAAUCGAGGAUGUUAUAUAGGUCCUUAUAUGACCAGGUAGCCAUUUAUAAAAAUGUAAAAACCAUUCUUAGCCCAGGGACCCGACAGGUGAGGGCCGGGCCACAUCUGGCCUGUUGGCUGUAGUUAGCAACCCCCGCCAUACGCCCUAGAAGGGCCUGCCACGGUGGGGGGCUUCAGGGAGGCUUCGAGGGUGAGCUGCUGCUGGACAGACGGGAGUUUGGGGCGGGAGACCACGACUCCUGCCUUUUGUCUAGACACCGAGGUUGCGCACGACUGCGUCCCAGGCCGGGACGAAUAAAUGAGAAUAAAUGACCGGCAUGGGGUGGCGAGGAGAGGAUAGCCCGAGCAGCUGUCUGGGUCAAGCUUGCCAAUUAAAAGAUAUAAAUAAAAGUUAAUAAUAAUACCAAGGGAUUUCCUCUUCCCCCCAAUUUGUGUUUACUGUGUACCCCCUGUAACAGUAUUAUCGGAAACAAGAGGGAAACAUUUAAUUUUUCAUAAUCCUUUUCAACUCCCUGCCCACAUACUUAUUUUUCAGAGUAAUAAACAUAAUUUUGAUUAAAAAAAAGAUUUUUAUUUACCUUCCGAGAGGGGGUAGGAGAGAGAAAGAGGGAGAGAAACAUCCAUGUGUGAGAGAAACAUCAGUUGGUUGCCUCGCUCACUCCCCCAACGGGGGCCUGGAUCCAGCCCCCACCCCGGGCAUGAGCCCUGACUGGGAAUCAAACCGGCAACUAUUUGGUCAGCACUCAGUCCGCUGAGUCACACCAGCCAGGGCAGGAUGCAUAACCUUCCCCAGGAGGACACUCCUUAACUCUCAGCAGCCCUCACUCUGUCGGAACUUGAGUCUGUGGUAUUAGCUGUGGACAUGCUUGUUUGUGUAUCCUCAGGUGUUCAUGUUUCGAUACGGUACUUGCUCGGCAGUAGGUCAAAGAGGCAGUGCUACACAAUUUAAUCAUUCUUUUAUUACUGGACUUCUCAAAUAAAUUAGAACCCGGUCGUUAUAUAGAAUACACUCAUCACACUCCAGUGAAUACUUUGUGCCUUUUUACUUUGCUUACUGUAUCCUCAUCAUUUAUCCAUUUGCAAAUAACGAGGGCUAACUACCUCAUUAUUAAACACAUGCUUCCACAAUACAUUGUACAGAUAUGUUGUGGAAUUGUGCACCUGGAACCUGUAUGAUUUUGCUAACCAGUGUCAUCUCAAUAAAUCUGAUUGAAAAAGA